CAUCCCAUAUCUCCCAAACCACACUCAACUCCAACCACUACUUAAAGUUUCAACAGUAACUGACCAAACAAUAAUGGCUUCAGCUUCCACCAUUACCUUGUCUUCCUUCCUCUACACAAAAACCCCAAACCCAGAGAAAUCAUCCUCUUUGAACAGAAGUACCCUUAGUGUUGGAUCUCAACGAAAGCAGUGCGUGUCCGUGUCAGCAUCAGCAAAAUCUUCACCUCCACCCUAUGACCUUAAUUCUUUCAAAUUUAAUCCCAUCAAGGAGUCAAUUGUUUCACGGGAGAUGACACGUAGGUACAUGACAGACAUGGUCACACAUGCUGACACCGAUGUUGUCAUCGUAGGUGCUGGUUCCGCUGGUCUUUCAUGUGCUUAUGAACUCAGCAAGAAUCCUUCCAUCAAAAUCGCUAUCAUCGAACAAUCUGUUAGCCCUGGUGGUGGGGCCUGGCUUGGUGGCCAACUCUUUUCUGCGAUGGUUGUUCGUAAGCCAGCACAUUUGUUCUUGAACGAGAUUGGAGUCGAGUAUGACGAGAAAGACGACUAUGUGGUGAUCAAGCAUGCUGCUCUCUUCACUUCCACCAUCAUGGGCAAGAUACUAGCAAGACCAAACGUAAAGCUUUUCAAUGCAGUGGCUGCUGAGGACUUGAUUGUGAAAAAUGAUAGAGUUGCUGGUGUUGUCACCAAUUGGGCUUUGGUUUCGAUGAACCAUGACACUCAAUCAUGCAUGGAUCCAAAUGUUAUGGAGGCUAAAGUGGUUGUGAGCUCUUGUGGCCAUGAUGGUCCUUUUGGAGCCACUGGUGUGAAGAGGCUCAAGAGUAUUGGCUUGAUUGAUAGUGUGCCGGGAAUGAAGGCCCUCGACAUGAACACUGCUGAGGAUGCUAUUGUUAGGCUCACUAGAGAGGUUGUGCCUGGAAUGAUUGUUACUGGUAUGGAGGUUGCUGAGAUUGAUGGUGCACCAAGAAUGGGUCCAACAUUUGGAGCAAUGAUGAUAUCAGGACAAAAGGCAGCCCAUUUGGUUUUGAGAUCGUUGGGACUUCCUAAUGCUGUGGACCAUGCAGGAGACAUCAACACCCAACCUGAGCUUGUCCUAGCUGCUGCUGAUUCUGUUGAAAUUGCAGAUGCUUAAUCAAUGAUACCAUUACUAUAUAGUUUAAUAAUAUCAAAAUUCCCAUGGCCAGAAAUAAUAAUUUGUUGUCAAUAGUAAUGAGUUGAUGAUGGGUUGGUUGAUGUGAUUCUGUUUGAGGUUUUGUUAUUAACAUGAACGAAUUGAUGCUUUUGCCAACUACUCAUUUUUUCUUUCUCCUC